GGGAAAAAGGAGGGAGGAAGCCGUUCCUCGUUCCAAUCCGCUCGUCCUCCCCCUCCCCCUCCGCUCCGGCGAUUUCAUCCCCCGGCGAGGGGCUCCAUCCGCGGGUCUUCUCCGGCGAGAGGAGGAGGCUGCCUGCGCCGCCGCGGGGAUUCGGCUCGUCGGAUUAGGGCUCAGACUCUUCCAGCGCGGGGUCGGCCACGGCUACCAGGAUUCGGUGCGGUGUUCCAGUUGCAGGACCAGUUCCCGGUGAUCUCGAGCUUUUCCCCAAGCCCCUCACCAGUGCCGACUCGAUUCAGGAGGAACGAAGCCAGGAACAACGAGAUUAAGAUAAUUUGGAUUGCUUGGGAGUAUCGGCGAGCCUGCAGCUUUUUCUACUUAUCACCACGUGGUUCUGGUUCACCUUGAUCAGCUAGGAACUAAGCGAGGAACUACGGGAACAAGAGGACUGGGAUUGCUUGGGAACAUCGGAGAGCCUGCAACUUUUUCUACUUAUCACCAGAUCAGCUAGGGAACAGAUCUAGCAGUGGACAUGGAACGGCUCGCCGGGUGGAAGAACAGCAUCUCUGCAUCCUUGUCGAACUGGGGAAAGACAAACGACGAGGAAUCUUCUCUUAGGAUACCUUUGCUGGGCGAAGUGCCUCCUGCUUCUGAGGCAAGCAAACGCGAGAAUUUGCUGCUGCUGCAAAUAUUCGCUCUGGGUGCCUCCUUAACUUUGCUACCAUAUAUGGGGAAAGAGGGAUUGCUAAAGGAUCCGUCUUUUCCAGAUGCUUACCGUUGGUGGGUAAAUGUUGUGUUCCCUACUUGGUGGCUUGUGGUCUGUUUGGGCGUGCCUUGCAGUGUAUGGGGGAGGUGGUGGAUUGAGAUCAAGUAUGCUCGCUUGUCAACUCAUCUGGCAAUGCUCGGAAUUACCCUUCAAGUUAUCAUGUUCUCUCAUUGGAUGCUUGCUACUGAGGCUACGACCGUGAGAUUAUGCCUUUUGCUAGCUGCUUCGGGGUUGUUUUUUCUUUUCUGGUUACGGUGCAGGAGACAUGUGAUGGAGCUUGCGGGAGCUGAUUUUGAUUCUCGUUCAAAGUGAUCUGUGAUAACUGAUACAUACGCUGUGUAGACCCUCAGAAGAUUGAUAGGUGAUACCGUGCUAGCGAUACGGCUUUGUACAUGGUUGGGAUAGUUUCACACGUGACGGGUCCUGGUGUGGACCACAAGUUGACACAACAAUAUACAUGUUGAUAUACUGUUUCUUUGUUCUCAUUCAUAGAAUUUGGAGGAACUGGAAGGAUGUUUCUUCCUGACACCGGUCUAGCGCGACCGCUGAAUAUUCAUGGAAUUUGUCAGAUUACAACAAUGAUGUGAAUUACUA